AUUAGACUUUUGACCCUGACCUUUUAAUGCGACUGCCUUUUCAUAUAAAUAAGGGUGCAAACUACCCGAGCUUCAGAGUCACUCUCCUCAAAUUGAGAUAAUGGAGACCAAACUACUCAUUUGUUUGGCGCUCAUAGCCUCCAGCAAUGCGGGGCCUACAUGGAGGAGCAACAAUGACGACGACAGUUCGUGUGCUCUGGAAUGUAAAAAUAAUGCCAGAAAAUUCCAGUAUGCACCAUCCACAACAUACAUCUAUGACUAUGUUGUUGACACAGAAACCACAAUGGCUGGUGCCACAGAAGACUCAGCCAAGUUGUCAAUUAAGACACAAGCUGAGAUCCAGUCAAUUGAUGGUUGUGAAUUUGCACUCAGCUUGAAGAAAACCAGAAUUUCACAUUCUGAGGCCUUUGCUAAAGAUCUUAAAGCUGCUGAAAGAGAGGAUGAAUUCAGACAACUUGUUGAAGGCUACACUCUCAGAUUUUCUUUCGAUGAUGGCAUCAUUGCAUCAGUUUGCCCAGAUGAGUAUGAAAACACUUGGGCUCUGAACUUCAAACGUGGUCUCCUUUCUGCUUUUCAAAACAGCAUGGCAAAUCUAGAUUCUAAUGAUAGGGUCACAGAGAUUGACGUAACUGGAGAAUGUAAAGCUGAGUACAAUGUCAGCAAGUCAUGGGGAGCCUGGAACAAGGACACAACAGUCACCAAAUCAAAGAAUCUGCGAGCUUGUACUAACAGAGAUGGCUACAAAAGUUUUCUUCAGACCACUCCUUACAAAAUUAUUUCUGAUAUCCAGUCCCUUCCUAUUAUCCGCAGCACACACAUGUGUAGUCAAGUCAUCUCUAGUGCUAAAUUACUUAAGUCAGUAACUUGUGAAGAGAAACACAUCUAUGUCCCAUUCUCUAAUGAUCAAAGUGGAGGCAAAACAAUAGUUCGUCAGUCACUUAUCCUAGCGGCCCAGAAAUCAACAGUUGAUGCUGGCAGAACUUAUGUGAGCUCACGACAAAGCCUUUUAUUUGAACAUUCCUUUGUUCCUGAGCAAACCCAAAACAAAAUGGAAUCAGCUACACAAACACUUAAAGAAAUCUGUGAACAGACUGUUGAAGACCUUCGACCUGAGACACCAAGAAUGUUCUCUGAACUUGUUACUGUUUUGAGAAUGCUGGAUUCCUCAAAUUUGAAACACUUACACAGACUUUUAAAAGACAAGAAACUCUGCCCUGAAAAUGGACGCACAAUAAAAUUUUUCUUGGAUGCACUGCCAAUGGCAGAAACUGAAGGAGCUGUUGAUCUGAUGACAACUUUGAUCAUUAACAAAGAUGUAGAGGGCCUUCUUGCUAAAGCCUGGAUGACAUCAUUGGCUUUGAUUCAAAAUCCUUCUAUUUCAAUGAUAGAGUCUGCACUUGGUCUAUUGGAUUCUAACUAUGAUGAUGCAGCAUUCCCAGUAUCAUCAUUGGUUAAUAACUAUUGCAAGAAACAUACCAACUGUGGAAAUACAAAUGGUGUUAUUGAAGUGGUCAAGAAGCUGACAAGCAAAAUCCAAAGAAGUUGCUAUGUGAAUGAAAAGAAUGCUGGUGAUGUCAUGAAAACUCUAAGAGCCUUAGGAAACACUGGACGCAGUGGAAUAGUUAGCACUGCUUUAAACAGCUGUUUGCAGUCAUCUUCUGCACCUGUAGAAAUACGAGCUAUGGCGGCUGAUGCUUUCAGAAACAUCCCCUGUGAUGAUAAUUUUGACCAGACUGACAGUCAGCUGUGGGCCAUCCUUAACAAACCAAGUGAGCCAUUUGAACUCAGAAUCUUUUCAUACUUAGCUGUUAUGCGCUGCCCUAGUAGUGAUAACCUGGAUAAAAUUGUCCAGCUCCUGGAAGAAGAGAAAGAUGAGCAGCUGGGAUCCUACAUUACCAGUCACCUCAAUAAUCUGAAGCAGACAUCAGACCCACAUAAACAGGAAAUAUCAGCUGCCAUCCAGAAAUUGACUUACAAAGAGUUUACAACAAGUGCACUGAAAUUCUCCAAAAAUUUUGAAGCCUCAUUCUUGGUGAACAAACUCAACCUUGGUCUAGUGGCUGACAGUGAUGUCAUUUCAGGCUUAGACUCACCUUUACCUCGCUAUGCUAAGGCCAAUUUCAGUUUGGAACUCUUUGGGAACUCUAUCAACAUUCUUGAAAUGGGCGGGCGAGUUGAAGGAGUGGAGGCUCUGGCUGAGAAACUUCUGGGACCCUAUUUCUCUGGCAACAAAGACAAAAGCAAAGACAAAGUGAAGGAUAUUAAAGGUUUUGCAUAUGCUAGACUUUUUGGCAAUGAACUGUUCUUCCAACAUUUCUCUGGCGUUGAAGGUCUUCUAAAAUCUAGAAAUGUCCCCAACUUCCUUGAUUACAUGAUCCAGUUGGCCAAAAGACAAGAAGUUGCCAUUUCACACAGUCAACAACUAAUGGAUGUUUCCCUUGUCAUACCAACCAUUGCAGGUUUGCCUCUGAACAUCUCUGUAAAUGGAUCCAUCAACUUUGACCUAAAAGCUGAAGGCAAAGCUGACCUUCGCCAGGUUGCUGCAGCACCAAGAUCCCUAGAUAUUGAUGGAGAAUUCAAACCAAGUGCUGCUUUGGAAAUCACUGGCACUAUGGCUGUAGAUGGUUUAGUAGCUAAACUGGGUCUGAGAAUGCGCAACACAAUGCACUCAAGCACUGGCAUUAAGGGACGUAUUCACAUCAACAAGGGCCGUGAACUGAGCAUUGAAAUAGAACCACCUAAAGACAAAAUGGAAAUAUUUAAUGCAAAGUCUCAGUUCUUUAUUGUUCACAAUGAAGUGGAGAAAGAACAGGAGAUGAUCAAGACAAAUUACAAACAAUACAAAUGGUGCACAGAGAUACUAGCUGUUGAGUUCUGUGGUGAUGUCCAGUUCCCUAAUGCUUCCACCAUGGCAGAUGCUCCUUACUUUCCUCUGACUGGUCCAGUCAAAGUUAAUGUCAUGUCAUUUAGAAAAGAUACUCACACCGCCUACAAAUUUUAUGCCCAGAGAACUGAGAGUAAAGACAAGAGUACUGCACAUUUCCUAUUGAACACACUAGGAUCAAAAGUGAAUAGGAUGAUUUCAGCAGAUGUUACUAUUGGCUAUGCUCCUAAACAACUGGAUGUGAUCAUUAACUCUCCCUGGAGGAAACUCAACCUGAAUGGUGGUAUGGAGACCAACAAAGACAUCUACAGCCUUGUUGGCAGUAUUUUGAUAGAUGAUGUUGAUAAAUAUGGAUUCACUACUGAAAUGAAAAUGAGCAAAAAAGGCAGCAGUGCAGUGUACAAGCCAUUAGUGCAGACAACAUAUAAAGGAAACACGCGAAACCUCAUCUCUGGACAAGUUGAAUUGGACACUGACACUUUCUACCUACCAAACAAAGUUCUAAUGGACCUUAAAGUUCAGGCUUACAGUGGCACGCCAUAUAACUUCAAGACAUACAUUGUUAAUAACAACAAAGAAAAACGUUUUUCAACUGAGCUGAGCUAUGGAAGCAACAAUGCUUACAUUGUGAAUAUUGGAACAACUUACAAUGGAAAAGACUUCAAAAACUUCCAAGUUAAUCCAGAGGUUAAGAUUCAAACACCAAGUGCAGUCCUGCUUAGUCUGACUGGAACUGGAGAUUACAAAGCUGAAAAAUCAUUGUCUGGCAAUCUGACUCUUAAUAUCUUGAAGCAAAAACCAGCUCAAUUUUCAUUAUCUAUGUCUAAUGGAAUGUGGGGCAAGAUAGACAUGAAAUUAAAAUCAAUCCUAGCCACUGGUGACAUCAAGAUUGAGAACAAUUUGAAAAAGAGCAUGCAAAAGACAUCUUCCAUCAAAGUAAACUACUUUAUUCCAAAUCUGGGCAAAGAUUCCUUCAAAGUAGAUAUUAAAUACCAGGACAAGAGCACCAAGUCGUUCUCUAAAUAUACACUCAGCAGUAAAACAAGUCACAUCAAGAAUUCUGACUACAACUUGGAUUUGACAGUCAAUGUUGACCAUAAGGACAAAAGAAGUCAAGCUGAAAGUAUUAUUAAGUAUGGAGCUGAUCCUAAAAAUACCAAAAAGAUCAUUAAUUUGAGCUACGUCUUUAAGAUGGACUCUUUUAGCUUGAAAGAUGCAGACAUUGAUCUCCAAGUUUCUGCUACUGUUCCAGAAAAGAACAUUGAAUCCAACCUGAAAGUUGCACACAAUCAUGAUGAAGAUGAUUUAACUUCAAGUCUGAAACUUAAACUCCUCCCAUACAUCAAAAACAACAUAGCAGUAAGUGUCAAUCUGAAAAACAGCAACCAGAAAUCGACCAAGCUCCAAGGUUCAGCUGAUCUUGAAUUCUCAGGAAAGAAGUUUACUUUCAACACUGACCUGAACCAGAAGUUGAAAAACCAGUAUGUUCACACAGCUGACUUCUCUGGCACAUCUCUUGGCACACACUCAAUCACCACAGUGUACAACAUCAAGAACGAUGCCUAUGAUGUCAUCUCCGAUGUCAACCUUGAUGGUUAUGACCCUAUUAAACUUAGAGGCAAUCUCUCUCUUGGAUCAUCUAAUUAUGGUGCUUCUUUGAAUGGUGCCUAUGGCAGGGACGAGUAUGGAGUGACUGUACAAACCAAAUACAUUGAAAACAGAUUUGGCAAGCUGGAUCUGACUCUGGUACACCCUGACAGACAAAUCAUUGCUGCUGGUGAGGCUAAAAUAUUGAGUGGUAAAUAUGAAGGCUCUGCAUUAGUUAACUGGAAUGCUGCAAAGAAAAACACCAAAGAUCAAGCUUCAGUGGAAGGCAUCUUUAGCAACAUUGUUAAAGGGGAAAGCACUGUUAUCAGCGGAGAUGUCAAAAUCAAAACACCUUUUGAAUUUCUGUAUGAUGAAAUUAAUUCCAAAGUUGUCCUGACUUCUGAUGCCAAAAAAAUCAGCACCACAUCACGACUAUCUUGGGGAAAACUACAAAGAGUAUCAAGUAGCAUGUAUAUCUACCAUCCCAUUUCUCUAAGCAAUGUCAAGAUGAACCUGAAUGUGGAGACUCCCUACAGAGCAAUGAAAGAGCUUAACUUUGAAAUCGACCACACUCUGGAUACAGACCUCAGCACAACAGUUCGAGGAAAACUAAAUGAUGACAAAGGUGAACUGAUUUUGAUUGGAGAAAACAAAGGAAGCAGUUACAAGAAUGACCUGUCCACUUCUCUGAACUUGAAGACAACUGUCCCCCUCUUCAAUGACAUCAGCCUUGCCUUGUCUCACUCUGAUGACUCUGCCAACUACCAAUCUUCUGGUACAUUCUCUUAUAGCGGAGAUAAGUAUGAGACAGCAAUCACCAUGUCUCAUAGUCUCAUUGGCUACAAUGUCAAAAACAGUGGCAAGUUAAGAAUGAGUUGGCCAACAGACUCUUUGGAGACAACAUGGACUCAUGAUAAUACAGACACCAGAAGAAUGAACUGCGCUAUUAGUACCACCUGGAAUAACAACAGAAAAACUAUGACAGUCACAUUUGAUGGUAGCAAUUUCUUGAGCCGAGGAGAAAGACAAAGUAAAGCAUCUCUAGAGAUCAAGACACCAUGGCAAGAGGUCAGAAAUUUGAAGGUAGACAUGAAUCAACAACAUAGUUCAAUGAGGUUGUUGCACAAACUUGAUAUCAAGAAAAACAAUGCAGCUUAUGGAAACUAUGAAUAUUUAUUAGAAAGGGAUACUGGUAGCAUUAACACUAAAUUUUUAGUGAAAUUACCUCAGGUAGACACCAUUCAUGGGCAGACAACUGUAAAAUAUGAACGAUUCCCAGCAAGCACAUCAUUCUGGCUUGAAUGGGCCCCAUCAAGUCGUAUUGACUUUGAUGGCUCUUUGAAUGCACCUUCCAUUGAAUUGAUAGAGCUAGACACUAAACUUUCAACCCCUUUCAGAAAUGUUGAGAAUCUUGUAUUCAAAGUUUCACAUAAAGUAGACAAUGCAGAAUAUGUUUCUACAGCAGUGUUAGACUAUAGUGUCAGGAAACAAAUCCAACUUCUGAACAGAUUCCAACUUGAUGAUAACAUUAUUGCAUGGAGAACCACCUUCACAACCCCAUGUAAACAUUUCAAGUUACUCAACUAUGGACUUAAGGUAGACAUGACAGAUGACAAAUUUGAUGGAAGUGCUGAUUUUGAACUGCAGCCUUUGGUCCAAAAAUAUACUGGCCAGCUGAACUGGUUUAUAGAAGAUGGAGAAUAUGAUGGAAAGUUGACUCUGAACACUCCACUCAGAAAUCUGCCUGACUUUCAGAUAACAAGCUGGAGGAAGGAGCAGGAUGAUGGAAGCAAAACUACACAUGUUGAUGUCUCUUCAUCUCCUUAUGGAAAAUACAUGUAUGAUGCCACCUACACAACUGAGGCCCCAUAUUCUCUGGACAUCCAAAUUAAGACACCUCAUGUCAAUUAUGAAACUUUGGGCCUUACAAUGACAUACAACCCUACCGCUGGAGCUCUCCAGUCUAAGCUAGAUAUCAUUUACUUAAUGAAGAAAGAAUUGACAGUUGACUUAAACUUAAACUGGAAAAACAAGAUUGAUGUCAGCCUUAUCUUAAACACUCCCCUGAAAUACUACAGGAACAACAGACUCACUUUUAGCCAUGAAACAACCAGGUCAGGCUUUUUAUGCCGCAUAGAUUCUGUAUUCGGUGUCAGUCCUCUUAAAGGUGAUGCAUCUUAUGCACGUGUCAAUGACAUGGUUACUGGAAGUGCUAGCCUUGCUCUGCCAGGACUGCAGAAGUUUGAGGGUAAAUUCAAGCUAACAGGAGGUCUCAAGGACAUGAAAGGUGAUGCCAAUGUUAAGUUAGGCUACAAUACAGUCUCUACUGACUUCUCCAACUUGAUGAAAUCAAACUUGUACAAAACAACUUUCAAUCUGUAUACUCCAUACACUGAGGACCUCAAGGUAGAGUUUAAACAUGAUGACAAGAGCAACAGAAAUGAAAAUAAAUUUGACACCAGUUUUAAUGCUCAGUAUGGUGAUUAUGAAAGGUCAGCAAGGCUCUCUGUCUCCUGCUCAGGCUUGAUGACUGGACAGUUUGACUUCACAUUGAAGGGUCCAUCUGACUCCCUGGUAGUCAGUCUUAACCACGAAAUAACAGGAGACAAAGUAGUUGGCAGCAGCAAAAUAGAAUCUUCCAUUGACAGCAUUGGAAACAUUGAGUUCUCACUCGCUAAAGAAGGUUCUUUGCAAGACAUGACAGCAUCUGCUAAACUGGUGAGGAAUCGUGAACAGUUGGUGGAUACUUCUGUGCAAAAUAAAUGGGACAACACAGUCACAGGAAAAUUCAAUGUCCGAGGAAAAUGGGUUCCUACCAUACAAGUAUUGCAUGAUCACAAAGGAAGCUAUUCAAAUUUUAACAACAAAGUCAGGGUGACAGUUGAUGGCAAAGUUGUGUUAGACAAAGAGUUAUCAGCCAAAUUCGAUGACAAGAUCAUGGAUGUUACAGGAAAAAUGAACUAUGCUCUGGGUACUGAAGAACACAAACAUAGUUUGAGCAUUCACAAAGAAGGAGAUUUCAACAACCUCAAGCUUACAAUUAACAAGAAAUGUGAUGGUCAAGAGUCCAAGAUAACCAUUGAACUUCAGACUGAUGAUCAAGUCAAAAACUUGGUUCAUAUUGAAAAUUUCAUGGACUAUGGUUUCAUUGGCUAUGAACUGGAGCAUUCUGGAGACUUUGAUAAAUUCCUUACCAAUGUUAAAGUCUACAUGACAAAGGAUGACAUCAUAACUGGCAGAGUAGACUUCUUUAAAUAUGGUACCAGACGUGUAGAGUUUACUGGUGAGCUGACAACACCAUUUGAUGGCUACACAAACUCCAAAAUUGAGUACAGGCACGAAGGUCAGGACAACAGAAUGAGCUGCAACAUCAAUCUUAAGUAUGGAGACAGUAAAAUCUACAGCUCAGACCUCAUCAUCCAACGUGAGCCGAGCAUGAGUUUGUCCUUCAAUGUGAAGACACCAUACCGUGGCUAUGAACAGCUUCUCCUCUCCUCCAACUUUGAUGGUAAAACAUUCAACGGACAUGCCAUCCUUGGCAGGGGCAGAGAGAUUAAGACUUCCGGAGUUUCUGGCUCUCAAUAUGAACUCACUACCACCUUUGACCAACUCAAGCAAGUUACCAUCAAUCUGGAUGGAAAGCUAACUGACGGCAGUGCAGACUUUGUACUUCUGGCAGGCAACAAAAGAAUGUCUGGCAAGGCUAAAGUGCUCUAUAACAAUAUGGACUCUCUGUCUGCUUCUGCAGAACUUGUCAGUAAUGUGAAAAACUUGGAGGCAUUGAAGUUUUUGGUGAAGAAGGCUGCCAGUGCUGGAAGCAAAACCUAUCAUGCAGAGUUCAGCUGGGACCCUGAGAAACAGGUGGUGAUAGACAGCAAAUACUCCAAUAGUAACUUUGCCAGAUCCCUCAAAAAAGAGCACGCUUUUGAGCUAGACAUCAAGUUGCCUUAUGAGGCUUUGAGAGAAAUUAAUUUGGAUGUGAACUACAACUCUGUUGGUCAAAAUGCAUUGGGCUCUAAAUUGUCUCUGGAUGUCAACCAGGAUAAGAUCAUUGACCUGGAUGUUGACUACAGAAACAGUGAUCAGCACGAAGUUUCAGUGGUAGUUCGUAAGCCAUGGCCCCAGGAGUACAUAGUGACUGCAGAUCUUAAGGAGGACAAAAGCUCUGACAUUUUCAUCAACUGGGACAAGGAUGUUGCCACAAGUAACUUUCGCAUUAAGAGUGGCAUUGCUGAUUCAUCCUCUGGGUCAGAUAUAGAUAUUAAAAUGAAUAUGGAAGUUACCUACAGGUCACGAUCUGUUGGCAUGGAGCAAACAUUCACCAACACCGAUGCUACCCUGCUCAAUUCAGGCAGAAUUUAUUGGGACAACAAAGAGGACAGCAGAAUUAUGUACAGCAUAAAUAUAAAUGGAGGUAGCUCAUCCAACACCAGAGAAUUCAAAGUGGGAUUUCCAUCAAGGACACUCAUUCUUAAAGGAUCUUCAAGCCGUGUUGGUAGCACUCAGAAUGUGGAUGCAACCUUUGGCUGGGACAUGGACAGAGAUGAUACUAAAGUGAUUGGAUUAACAGCAUCAGUAUACAAUCAGGAUUACACCCAAGCUGACAUAACAGUCAAAAUGCCAUCAGAUUUGAAAGUCAGCAGUGCAGUUACAUUCAACCGAGGUAACACCAUCUUUGAAGGCACAACAGCUUUCUCCUAUAACAGUGACUCAAGAAAAACUCUAACCCUAUUCUCCACUGUUAAAAACAGUCCCUAUGCAACUAGACGUGUUUUCCAAAGUGCAGAGAAUAACUACAACUAUAGUGUUCAGCUUGGAGUCAAACACCCAGAAACUAAAGUGGACAUCAAGAUAGACUCACAUCUAGGAAAGAGAGCCAAUGUGAUGACAUCCUCCAUGGGUGUAAGGUACUUGACCAGCACAAGCCAGAUUAAAAACUUGGCUCUUUUUGCUGAAAUCAAUGAAUUGAAAAAAGAAAUAAACCUUGUUGCUGCUACCUCUUCUAACAAUGUUGGCUUGAGCACUAGAAUCAUUAAUGAUGAACCUUUGCAAGUAGAGUUAGCCACUACAGUGAAUGGUCAGCAAAGCUUCAAAUCUAUGGUAGAUUCAACAGACAGAGCUGUGAAUUUAAUUAUUGGUGAGGUCAGCUUCAAUGCCAAGUAUAACAAUGCCUCUUCAGUGACAUUUGAAAUUAACAUGCUCAAUGACGGCAACAAAAUCUCUGAUGCUGCACUUACCUUUACCUUAGUCAAGCCAAAACUUCUUCAGAGCAGCUUAAUCUGGAAACCCAAACUUUUGGCUAACUUUAGAAAGUGGCUUAUUAAUGAGGCAGUUAGAAAUGCAGAUGACUUCAAAGUUUUUCUUAGACAACUCAAUAAUGAAGUGAGAAACGAGCUUGUGGCCAAACAUAGAGACAUCAGUAGUAUCUUGGUGGAAACUUUGAAACUUGCUGCCAAGGAUGCUGAAACAGAGUUGAACUCUCUUGCUGUCUCAAUGGAUCAACUGCAGCAAAGCCUUACUUUGCUUAGAAGAAACAGUGAUGGCUAUGCUUCUCUCCAAAAUCUAAUCAAAAGAAUUCAGUAUGAUUUCCAGAAAUUGAUCCAAAGCUACAAGUCAGUCUACCGUAAUGCAAUCAGCUCAAUAACAGCCAGUCUAGAUCAAGUCAAACAAUACUUAGUGGCCAUUAACUAUAGGGAAACAGUCACAGAUACCAUGGAGACUACCUUCAGAGUGAUGGACAAUGUCAUCAUUGCAUUCACAGAUUUCAUACAGAAAGACAUAGAUUUUUCACCAAUGAAAUCAUUGUCUGAUAAAGCAAUGCAAUCAACAGAGGAGUUGAAAAAAGAAUUAGAGAGCAUUAAAAAAACAGUGUUGAACUUAGAUUUGGGGGACAUUGUAACUAGAAAGUUGAGUUUCCUGAAUGAGUACAAAACUUCUAUUGAGAAUGUACAGAAGAAAAUAAUCAGUCAAGUUCCUGAGCAACUGAAAGAAACUCUGCAAAUCAUAUUUGGGGAACUCAUUCACCAGGUGGAUUACUUGUCUCGCUAUUUGGAAAUCAAGUCCACCCUUAAGAACCACAUCAAUUUUGCAAUUCAGCUCAUUAAUGACAUAGCCCUGGAGGAUUUGACAGAAUUUAUUGACAAUCUGAAAGAGAUGCUUAAAGAUCCAAUUGUUGCUUUCGAUUUGGAAAAUGGACGCAUCAUUCUCAACGUUCCUUUACCCAUGGCUCUUGAACGUCUUGACCAUUUGCCAAAACUCUCAGACUCUAUAAACAAUGCCAACCAGUUCAUUCAAAAAUAUCUACCCAAUAGGGAAUCUUUUCCUAAUAUUUAUCAAUACGUUUGGAAUGGCAAAAACAGAACAGAUGACAUUAUUAAGACUGAAUUGAAUGACUUUGAACCAUUGAGACGACGCAUUUUACCUUCUCGCUACCGCAAUGUCAUAUUGGACUAAACCAAUGUCUGCACCCUGUAGUCAUAGAGCCUUGCACAUGUGAUCAAUACAUAUGUAGAUAAUAGUUAAAUGUAGUUUAGGAUUGUUUAUUGAAUGUAGAUACCCGUACCAAAAAGUUAUGUGAAAUUUUUUAUUGUUGAGAUAUAUUUUGAUAUUAAACAAACAAGUUGUGACUUUUAACAAUGCAAUAAUUAUUCUAUUGUUCUUAUAUUAUACGGACUAUUCAAUGUCUAGAUGAAAACUAUGUAUGACAUUCUGUGAAUAAACCUUGAAGCUUAAA